AUGUGUCGGAGCAGAGAUAAAGGCCUGUGUCGGAGCAGAGAUAAAGGCAUGCGUCGGAGCAGAGAUAAAGGCAUGCGUCGGAGCAGAGAUAAAGGAAUGUGUCGGAGCAGAGAUAAAGGAAUGUGUCGGAGCAGAGAUAAAGACAUGUGUCGGAGUAGAGAUAUAGGCAUGUGUCGGAGCAGAGAUAAAGGCAUGCGUUGGAGCAGAGAUAAAGGAAUGUGUCGGAGCAGAGAUAAAGGCAUGUGUCGGAGCAGAGAUAUAGGCAUGUGUCGGAGCAGAGAUAAAGGCAUGCGUCGGAGCAGAGAUAAAGGCCUGUGUCGGAGCAGAAAUAAAGGCAUGCGUCGGAGCAGAGAUAAAGCCUGUGUCGGAGCAGAGAUAAAGGCAUGUGUCGGAGCAGAGAUAAAGGCCUGUGUCGGGACCAGGAGUUAA